AUGCAUUUCGAUUCCGUAGCUCAGAGGGAACAACAGAGAAACUUUAUGGUAUGGUUCCAAAGAUUAUUACAAUCUGAGCCAGAACAAAUUGCCUGUCAAAUUUCGGGGAAGCAUCGGCCUGGUAAUAGGCUCAUUGCCGUUCGAUGGAAGACCGGAGGAUACAGAGUUACUUAUCGCGUCACAUAUGAUGAUGGCUUCCAAGCCAUUGUUCGUUUCGCUGCAUUAGGUCGAUCGCUCCAUCUCACCGAGAAGGUGGAAAACGAGGCCAUUGUACUCCAAUACCUCCGCAAGCGUACCAAGAUUCGAGUACGACGGCUAUUGGGCGUUGGAAAAAUUGCUCUUGCACCCUACAUCGUGGAAGAAUCCGUGGAGCAAGAUCUCGCUUCUGGUCCUUUUAUGGAUUCCAGGAUAGAGCUACAGAAUUUUCAAUUUCUCUUGACUCUUAAGUCGGCACAAUCUGCUACCACUUUGCUACCAUGCAAUGAAAAUAGUCUCAGCUUUGGGAUAACAUGUCACAUGAAUCAAAUUGCGUUCUCAUCGUACUAA